AUGCGGUGGUGGUGGUGUAAGGUUUUGGUGGUUGUUGCUGCCAUUGGGACAGUACAAGCGGCUUCCCGAGACCAAUGGAUCGGUCGGUCGGUCUACCAAGUGGUCACCGAUCGCUUCGCUCGGUCCGAUAACUCAACCACCGCUUCUUGUAACACAGGACUCGGAGACUACUGUGGUGGAAGUUUCCAGGGCAUCAUCAAUAAACUGGAUUAUAUCCAGGAACUCGGGUUCGAUGCAGUUUGGAUUUCUCCAGUGCAAAGCCAGGAGUCAACUCGCACGGCGGAUCUCUCAGCAUACCAUGGGUAUUGGCCUAAUGACCUGUAUUCCAUCAACUCCCAUUUUGGUACCCCCGAUGACCUCCGGGCGUUAUCCACGGCGUUGCACGCGCGUGGCAUGUACUUGAUGCUUGACAUUGUCGUUGGUGACAUGGCCUGGGCUGGAAAUGCCUCUACCGUCGACUACAGCACGUUUAACCCCUUCAAUGAUCAGAAGUAUUUCCACGACUACAAACUACUUUCUGAGGACCCUGCAAAUGAAACCUGUGUUCUGGAUUGUUGGAUGGGCGACAACACCAUAUCGCUUCCAGAUUUGCGAAAUGAGGACCAGGAAGUUCAGCAGAUUCUGGGAACCUGGGUUUCACAGUUGGUUUCAAACUACUCCAUUGAUGGCUUGCGAAUCGACAGUGUCUUGAACAUUCCACCCGCUUUUUUCUCCAAUUUCAGCAAGUCAGCGGGGGUUUUCACCAUGGGCGAAGGCGCCACAAGAGACGCAUCCGGAUACUGCCCUCUGCAGCCCAGUCUAACCGGGCUGUUGAAUUAUCCGUUGUAUUUUAUCCUCACGGAGGCCUUCAACACGACCAACGGAGACCUGAACAGGAUCGUAAAGUCUAUCGACUUCAUCAGGACACAAUGCGACGACGUACUAGCCCUCGGAACUUUCACAUCGAAUCAGGAUGUCCCUCGCUUUGGCUCAUAUACGUCAGACAUAUCACUGGCUCGCAACAUUCUCACAAUCAGCAUGCUCGCUGACGGUAUCCCCAUCCUCUACUACGGCGAAGAACAGCACCUCUCGGGUGGGUAUAACCCCAUCAACCGGGAGGCUCUCUGGCUUACCAAAUACUCGAUGAAUUCGUCCUCCCUACCUUUGCUAGUCCAAUUGUUGAAUCGCAUUCGAUCGUAUGCGAGCAGCGAUGGAGAAAAGUACACGGUCGCGCCGAAGUCAGGCAGCGACUAUCUGUCGUACCUCUCCCUGCCGAUCUACAACUCAUCAAACAUCUUGGCCGUGCGUAAAGGAUUUGCUGGUAACCAGGUCGUGAGCGUCGUAUCCAACCUGGGAGCCAAGCCAGCCACCAAAGCCAGCACCAAAAUCACACUUGGCUCGGACGGCACAGGAUUCUCAGGCGGACAAAAUGUGACUGAGCUCUUGUCUUGCAAAACAUUUGUAACUGAUUCAAGCGGAAAUCUUAAAGUGGACCUCAGCUCGGAUGGAGGGCCUAGGGUGUACUAUCCCACUGAAAGUCUGAACCGAAGCACCAACAUUUGUGGAGAUCACACCCAAACAUCGAUAACAUCAACGUCCUCAACAUCCUCAGCAAGCUCCACGACUUCGACCAGCGCUGGGACUUCUUUAUUCAGUCUGUCUUGGGAGAUACGGACAUUGAUGAUCACGGCUGCAUUAACCACGUCCUACGUCUGUCUCCCUCUAAUUCUUUAG